UAUGGGCAGGGAGGAAGAGAGUGAUAAUAAUUGAUAAACAAACAACUCCCACUAUAACCUAAAACUAAGCCAUCUAUGUAGUAGUGAAUUUGAGUCAAGAAGAUUUGUUUGUUCAACCCAUUGUUUUCAUCUUCAUACCUUUACUAGAUCCUCCUCCCUCAACCAAAAAAUAAAUAAAAAAAUAACAACAUUUUUUCAUUCAACAAUCUUUCAUUUUUACCAUUUAAAGCUCAUUCAAACUGGGUUUAAUGCACUGAAAAAAGCAGUUACAGAAAAAGAAAAAUGAAGAGUUACUCGGAAGAAUAAGAAGAGACAUUAUUCUGAAACUGUAUAUUUCCAUGAAAAUGGGGUUGUUUAUUCUGUGGAUAAAAUUUGAGAAACCCAAAUAUUAGUUAUUAUUGGAUUGGAUUGGAUUUGCUGGUGUUUGGUUCAUUCAAGUCUUCCACCAACCCUUCUUGAUUGAUUUUUUCAACAAUGGAGUUUGAAGAAGCCAGUAACAUGAAACCUUCUACUUCAAUGGGAGGGAUUUCAGUACACAAUCGUUCUAAGAGUUUUGGCAAUGACAGUGAUCAUUAUGAGAUAGUCAAGGAAGAUAACUUGAAUAUCUUACUUGUAGCACCUCAUCGUCUUAAGCUGGAUAUGGGACAUAUGAGGGGAAAUUGUGAACCAAUGAAUAAGGAAACGCCUAACAACAAGCUCCAGAUUUCGCUGAAACAAGAGAUUCUACAGCUUGAGAAACGGCUACAAGACCAAUUUGUUGAAAGGAAGGCACUUGAAAAGGCACUUGGAUACAAGUCCUCCUCGCAAUAUACUUUGGAUGAAUGCUCAAUUUCAAAGCCUGCCACUGAGCUGAUCAAAGAGAUCGCGGUAUUAGAACUGGAAGUUGUGUAUUUGGAACAGUAUCUUCUCACAUUGUACCGGAAAGCGUUCGAUGAACAAUGUUCAAUCUUAUCUCCAUCUACCAAGGACGAAACAUUAAAAUCACCUAAGGUCUCCAGACUUGGCCUCACACUGAAGAUGGAAAAUCUAGAGGUUCAAUCUAGUCGAUUUCGAUCACCUCGAGAUUCAGUUACCAAAUCACAGAGAAAUCAUGUCGAAGUCACUGAGAAGCUAUUAGAUUCUGGUAUAGACCGCAGCCAAUCUUCACUUUCGCAACAUUCAACUUUUUCGACUAGAACCUCUCCUCCAAGAAAAAAUCAUGCCAAAUCAUUACAAUCAUGCCAUUCACAACCUCUUUAUCUUGAGAAUGCAGAGACUAAGACUUCAACGUCGAACAUUAUCACUUUGGCAGAACACCUUGGUACUCGUAUUUCUGAUCACAUUCCUGAAACUCCUAACAGGAUCUCAGAAGAUAUGAUUAAGUGCAUGUCCACUAUAUAUUGCAAGCUUUCAGAUCCUCUUACAAUGAAUAAUGGCGUCUCCUCUUCUCCCAUUUCAUGUUCAUCUCCUAUAAGCUCAUUUUCUCCUCAGUAUCAGUAUGAUAUGUGGAGCCCACGGUGCAGGAAAGACUUUUCUUUCGAUUCACGAUUAGAUAACCCUUUCCAUAUCGAAGGAUUAAAAGAGUUCAGUGGCCCUUACAGCACAAUGGUUGAAGUGCCUUGGAUUUAUGCGGAUAGUCAAAGGAUGAGUGAUAUUGAUCACUUGCUUCAAAAUUAUAGGUCACUUGUUACUCGUUUGGAAGAUAUUGAUCUUCGAAAGAUGAAGCACGAGGAGAAGCUUGCUUUCUGGAUCAACAUACAUAAUGCACUAGUGAUGCAUACAUUUUUGGUCUAUGGGAUUCCACAAACUAGUCUGAAAAGAGUAUCGUUACUCCUCAAGGCUGCAUAUAAUAUUGGGGGUCAAACUAUUAGCACAGACAUGAUUCAGAAUGUUAUUCUGGGAUGUUCGGUGCCUCGUCCUUCACAGUGGUUUCGGACAUUGUUUUCUCCAAGGACAAAGUUUAAAGCCGGAGAUGAUCGGAAUGCAUAUGCAGUUGACCAGACAGAACCUCUUUUACACUUUGCACUGUGUUCAGGAAGCCACUCCGAUCCCGCAGUCCGUGUGUACACACCCAAGAAGGUGUUUCUUGAGCUAGAAUCUGCAAAAGAAGAGUACAUUCGUGCUACCUUUGGUGUACGAAGCAAGGUACAGAAAAUCCUUCUACCAAAGAUCGUAGAAUCGUUUACGAAGGAUUUAGGUUUAUGUCCAGUGGGUUUGUUAGAAAUGAUCCAAAAAUGUAUGCCAGAUAAUUUAAGGAAAACCAUGAAGAGGUAUCAACAACAAGGAGGGUUCCCUCGCAAGAGCAUCGAGUGGAUUCCUCAUAACUUCACUUUCCGGUAUUUGAUAUCAAAGGAGCUAGCGAAAUGAUUGAAUUUGCACUAAUUUAUCCUCCACAGUAAACAAAAUACCAAGUGAUUCUUCAUAUUUUUCUUCUUUAGUCUCAUUUCUGUAAAUAAGGUGGAUAGAACAGCAUCCUGCAGGUUGUAUAUGUAAAAAAACACAGUUUAAGCGGCUAUUUCAUCUAAUGUGAAGUGUCUAUGAUUCAGUAAA